UCCAUCCCGUAAUAUUCGAAGGCGAAAAUAUUUUUUGAAGAUGGUUGUCAUUUUUAACCUUGAGCGAUGUGUUGCGGACAUCCACUUCAUUUGUUAACCCAUUAGUUUCCAAGACAAACAUCCCGAGAAGAACAUUAUCGAAUCAAUUGAAAAUAGCACGCUAAGAAAGUGCAUGUCCAUAAUGCGUAUUUUAUUAUAUAUCAAAUUCGAUGACAAACAUAGCAUACUUCCAAUCUUCAUCAUCAUCACCAUUUAAUCAAAUAGCAAGAGAGACUUAUAUGCGAAAUAUAAAAAACUUAAGCUGCACAAAUGCCGAGGGAGUAAUUACUGAAAGAGAGCGAGUUAAAUAGAUGUAAGCACAGACGCAAAUGCUCAAGUUUGAAAAGUUAAUUUUAUUGAAGGCUUAGUUGAGGUUUGCGCUUGAUCAAUUUGAUCCACUCGAGCGACAGCAAGAAACGUGUGUAGAUGCUUUGUUGUUUGAAAGAAUCUUUAGAAAAGUUGAACAAACGGGCGGAACAACAACUCUUCAUACAUUUUAGCAACCUAGAAAUAUCGAUGUAUUUAAAAGUGCAUAUACCUACAUACAUAAUUCAAACGUAAUACGAGUGGAAUUCGAUAGGUUUCGUAUUUGGCAAAACAGAUUUAUGUAUAUAUGAAGAUAUACAUGAACAAAUAAACAUGUGUAUAACCAAACAAGUGUCUUAAGCCGAGUAAAUGUUACUUUUAGAGUAUAUUCAAUCACAGCUUAUAUUUGUAAAAGUGUACAGUGAAUAUUUGUAAAAGUGUGCAGAGCGUAACUAGUUUGUUGCGAAAUAUCUAAGCUGUAAUUUCAAAUACAAAUUAAUUCUGAAGCUAAACAGAAAAUUUUCUAAAGAAAUGUGAACGGUUUUUCUAAUUCAAUUAUUUAGUCUAAUAUGCUAACAUCAUGUGUCUUACUUGUCGUUGCAAACAUUGAAAUCGAUAUGUAAAGAUGUUAUAAACAACAAAUAUAUGCUGAAACGUUUUGAUUUCUGGCCAUGGACUUCUUUAACGAUCACAUUUUAACAGACUUAGAUCGUUCAGAUUAUGUUGGCGGUAUCGAUAACGAAGCCAUAUUCUUUGAGGAUUUACAUGUAACAACAAGUGUCGAUAGUCUUCACGCAAAUGGUGGUCACUCAAGUAGUUUAAACGCUGUUGAGUCCGCAUUGUUCGCAUGUAAUUCAAAAGCUGAAACGCCGGUCACAUCCCCCACAUCGACUCCGUUGCAGGACACUACUUUACCACCAAUUCCAACUAUCUCAGCAAGAGUUAGUCUGACUAAUGUAGCACAGAUCGGCAUACAUGCUACAAGUUCCAAUAAUCAUACACACUCACAUCUACCGGAAAGCCCGCCCGAUUCAAGCUCUGAGCCACCUUAUAGCCCGUCACAGGAUGUGCACGGCCUGACUUUGACGUCACGUGAUCUUUACAAUGGACCAGGCUUAACAAGCAAUGUAGCACCUGCCAUACAUGAACUGCAUAUAUUGCCAACACAGCAGCAACACCGCUCACAGCACCUAUCACAACAAUAUGCUACGUCACCAACUCAGCACCAACAAUCGCACACAAACAAUUAUUCACAUGUACUGCGAAAUUCGCAUGGAAACGUGAAUGGCCUUGUGCGAGUCAAACAGGAAUCAGGUUUACUUGUCAACACGGGUGCCUUGCAAUGUACUUUUAACAGCCGUUCAACAGACGCGCACAUCGAAAUGCCAGCCUCUCACUCCUUUUAUUCAACCAACACCCAAUUAAAUAGCUUAGCGAAUAAAAUGUAUGCGCCCACCAUUACAUCCUCUUCAUCUUCAUAUCAAUUGGAUUUGGGAAAUAUUGACCACAAUAACUCCCCAUCAGCAUCUUCCGCGUGCAUGCUAAACACCGUGACCGAUUUACCUCAUGUGCAGGCCAUAGGAACAAGUCAUGCUAGCAUACCAUCCACACCGCAAUUAAGCCGCACAUCAACACCUUCUACUCCAAAUCACCAAAGCUUGUCUCGAAAGCGAAAAAUGACCAUAGACGUUGAGUGCUCAGAAUACACAAGCAUUAAGCCAGAUCCCGGAUUUAAAAUGAGUCCCACUCGAAGCGCAUCAUGUGCCACUCCCCUGCAACUAGCAAAUGAAUCAAAAGUUUCGCCCACAUCUCCGCUAAAUAUACAAUUAAGCUCACAAAACUCAACAAGCGCUAGUGAUUUAUGCAGUACAGCUCCUCACUCGACAGCCUCCCUAUCACCAGCUUUAUCGAUCGUCAAUACUAAUGUGGAGAUUGCUUGUGUGGACACGUCUAAAAGUUCAGAAAGUGGUAUAGACGCCCUUAGUCCUUGCAUAAAGUUUACCCCUUUCCAACACCAAAAUUGGCAUAGGCUGUGUGACCAAAAUUUGCAAGAAUUAUCAAUAGUAUAUUAUCGCGUGGAUGCUGAUAAAGGUUUCAAUUUCUCAGCAUCUGACGAUGCCUUUGUUUGCCAAAAAAAAAAUCAUUUCCAAAUCACUUGCCAUGCCAGAUUACAAGGAGACGCUAAAUUUGUCAAAACGCCGUCCGGUCUCGAAAAAAUUAAAUCCUUCCAUUUACAUUUUUAUGGAGUAAAGCUGGAAUCUCCAAACCAAACGAUACGCGUUGAGCAAAGCCAGUCAGACCGUUCAAAAAAGCCCUUCUAUCCCGUACCGAUUGAUCUCCAGAGCCAUAUCGUUAGUAAAGUAACUGUGGGCCGCUUGCACUUUUCCGAAACCACCAAUAAUAACAUGCGUAAGAAAGGACGUCCCAAUCCCGAACAACGUUAUUUUCAGUUGGUAGUGGCUUUACAUGUGCACACAGCUUCCGGCGAUUUUCCUAUUAUUAGUCAGGGAAGUGAUAAAAUAAUCGUACGAGCGUCUAAUCCAGGACAGUUUGAAUCUGAUGUAGAUUUAUGUUGGCAACGAGGUCUUACACAAGACUCUAUUUACCAUGCGGGCCGAGUCGGCAUAAACACCGACCGGCCUGACGAAAGCUUAGUAGUGCAUGGUAAUCUCAAAAUAUCCGGCCACAUUGUGCAACCGAGCGACAGUCGAGCUAAGCAAGAGAUAGGUGAAUUGGAUACCUCCGUGCAGUUAAGGAAUUUGCAGAAGAUACGAAUUGUUCGUUACCGUUUAGAACCAGAAUUUGCUUUGCACUCCGGUCUGAAAUGUAAAAACGGAUCUGGGGAUAUUGUGGAUACAGGAGUUAUCGCCCAAGAGGUGCGCGAAGUAAUCCCGGAUGCAGUACAAGAAGCUGGCAGUAUAGUGCUGCCUAACGGUAACGUUAUUGAGAAUUUCUUGUUGGUUAAUAAGGAUCGAAUACUCAUGGAAAAUAUUGGCGCGGUAAAAGAAUUGUGUAAAGUGACUGGAACUUUGGAGUCACGUAUUGAAAACUUGGAACGCGUAAACCAUCGUUUACAACAUAUUAAAGACACUGAAAUGCAACUCAUGCGGAACGAAAUUAUGGCCAAUAAAGAAAGUCAAGAAAUUUGCUCGAAUAGAACCCUGCAAAUAACCAUAUUCCUACUUGUUAUCAUUAUGGCGGCCUGCUUGGCUGCCGUUUCCACUUUGUACUUUGUUGAACAUAGCCGAAAACAACAUAUCUUUAAACACUUGGAGAGUAUACACGUUCUGAGUAAUGGGCACGUUUACAGACCUGAUAUCUUGUCACUUGCAGAACAAGAACGUAUUUACUUGAAUAACAGAGUUAAUAAAACUCGUAAUUUUCUUUAUCAAUCAUCCUCUUCUGCUAUGACUAUGGACAGUAACUACACAAAAUAUCGUGAUGAAAUCAUGGGUGGUAUAGAUGCAAUUGAAGAGAUUGUACCAACACGCAAUGAUGAGCUAACGGCUAUCAUGGAAAAACCCUCCGUAGAAAAUGAGCUAAAACAGUUUAAUAGAGAACAUUUAAGAUCGACUACAUCCCCCAUGGUUCGCACAAAUAAGACCAUAAAUAGUAAAGCGAAAAUAAAACCCCAGGCAGGACGUAAUACCGUUUUCAGGGUCAUUUACAAUCAUCCAAAUAAUGGAAUAUCCGUGCAAGCCACUGAUGCUUCGGACACAUCCUCGGAACGUAUAGCAGGCGCCAAUGAACUAUUACAGCCAGAUCUUGAUAAUAAUUCUAUUGAUACAGACCACAAGCCAGUAACUUCUAAGACCCGCUUACCACAAAUCAAAGAUAAUUCGCGGCAUGGCGACAUACAGAAACUAAACACGGAACCUGUCGUAGGUAGCUUGCGCAGAAGUCAAGCAGACAACACCCCCUUACAGAUCCAUCAUAUGCAUCUUAGUAAUGCAGUUGUUGAUGAGACGAGCAUUUAUAAAACGUCUUCCCCGCUGAAUCCACUUGUCACUACAACUAUGAGUACUACGACCGUUUCCAUUAGUGCUACUAGCAAGAAAAUAGGCCAAAAAUUAAACACCGAAGCGCCACAGACCAAUUAUUCUCUGGACAUACAACCCAUAAGUAAUAAAACAUUACGCAACAUUAUUGAUCGAGCAACCGAUAAUGCUGAAGAUUUGCAAAGUCUUACUAAUAACAAUGAAUCGGCCUACAAUACUAUAAGUGAUCCUCUUGAUUUGAUAUUUUACAACAAUAUACGAGCACCAUCUAUAAGCAGUACCACUCAAGAAAGACAUCACCAAGAGCAAAACACAGACGCCGAUUGGCUAAUAAGUAGACAUUUCUACAUAGAUUCAUUUGGCGAACCUGAGCAGUGCAACAAAAAAAUUAAACAUGCUGAUAUAUCCAGUUGUCAGUCGGUGUGCUUCGAGGAAAACAAUCAACUCUUAGUCCCAAAUCAUCUAUCGUUGGGUCUGAAACCUAGUGAAGCAAAAAUAACUAAAACCUUGAUUACGCAAGAAGCAGGAGACAAUGCCAAGAGUAGUGAGCGCGCUGAUAAUGACGAUGAUGACAAAGAAACCGUUUUACAUGAAAAUGAGGAUGAGUUACAAGUUGCUUAUGGAGGGUCUUUACACCUUAACUCGAACUCGUCCCGCUUAUUAGUCGCAGGUAAAUCUUCGCAUUCUACUCAAGCUCUAACAAAACAAUUGAGUACAGAACAACCUUCAGGGGAAAUCGUAGAUAAUUUAGGAGCUAUAUUGGACCAUAGUUUCAGCAAUGACAAUGGUAAUCAACACCCAAAAGCCGCAAAACAAGAAAGACAUGAUUUACCAAAUCAAACACAGACGCAACAAACCAAAUUAUUAACGGAACCGAAUCAGCCUCCAUUAAAUGCGGACUGUUGGAAAGUGCAUAGCUGUAUAUUGGCAGAAAGAGUGAAUAAAACUUUCUCUGUUGAUGAAUAUUGUCCGAAAUCGAGAAAAUCAAUGAACCUAACAUUUAUCGUACCGUUGUCACGCUAUUUUAAGGAAAAAAGUAUUCAACUGCAUUUAACAUCAACUUUACCAUUACAUUGGGUGCUUUGCAAUAAUCAUGAAUUAUCAAAAACCAAUGGUAAGCAUUUGCCUAGUACUCAUCAAACGCUUCAGCGCCUUCGUAAUACUUCGCUGCUAUUACUGAACAUACCAAGCCGUGGUUAUUUUGUUAAAGACUUGAAUUUACGUGCCACCAGUGAUACAGAAAAGGAAACCAUAUGCCAGGAGAAAGCAUAUGAAACAAAUCCUAUACUUGAGUACAAUUUUAGAAUUUUAAGAAAUUGUGAUUAAUUGAGAAAACAAAAUGACACAGAGUCAGCAAUUACGUUUGAUCUAAGUCCUUACCAUUAAAGCCUCGCGCUCAUUACAACAAGCUUUAAAUCGACGCAACUUUAUUUAUUCGAUAGCUGAAAUGAAAACAUCAUCAAGUGAACAAAGCUCCAACCGUUAGCUAUUAAGCCUUUGUAUGCCUUUUAUUUUAGUUUAGUCUGGAAAGAAGAAAAAAAUACGCUGAAACUGAGAAAACUAGGUUUUAAUGAAAUAUGAAAAUUGUUUAGUCAAAUUACAUAAAAAUAAAUAUAAACAUAAA